CCAGUCCGUCUCGGUAAUUCUUCCGUCUCAAGAUGGCGGAGUAUGCGAACCUCGUCCGAAGGGCUUUUGAACAAAUAAGAGGUCAUGGUGGACUUCGAGGCUUUGUUGUUCAGAUGUUGAGGGUGCAAGAUGCGAAGGUAGGAGCCCUGGUUGGUGUGGAUAAAUAUGGCAAUAAAUACUACGAGGACAAGAAAUACUUCUUCGGACGUCACCGUUGGGUGAUCUACACCAAAGAGAUGAACGGAAAGAACACCAUGUGGGAUUUGGACGCCAGCAUGGUUCCUUCCGAGUGGCACGGCUGGCUGCACUGCAUGACGGAGAACCCCCCCACCACACAUCCGCCGGUGCCCAAGAAGUUCCUGGCGGAGGUCCACCAGUUCAACGUGAGCGCCACCUCGGAGCGGUACGUGCCCUUCUCCACCACCAAGAAGAAGAUCCACGAGUGGGUUCCACCCAAAGCCGGAGCUCAGUGAACUCUUGACUGCAUUAUAUUAGUAAAUUAUGGUUUAUGUCCUUAAUAAAAUCUCUACACAGACAUUUA